AUGGCACAAGGACUCCUGAAGAAGAGCAAGCCGACCACGGCAGCGACGAAGCGUGGCGCGAACGCCCGCACAAAGCCCGGUCCCCGACAGGUCGCGCCGAAGAAGCAGGGUCUCAUUAAGCAGGCGAAGUUGAAUAAGAAACUCACUUCCGGCCUGGUUGCGAAGACGGAGCGCAGUCUUGCGUCCAAGGCGGGACAUUUGGAAAUGCUUGCUGGUGGGAAGAAGGAUAAGGGGGAUAAGAAGGGGAAGAAAUAA